AUGUUGACCAUACAAACGCAUUGCUGUGAAGCUAAGAAAAUCGAAAAAACUUUAAUCGAACAGCAAAUUAAGGGAAUGCAGCAUGGAUUUGACAAAAUGAUUGAAUACUGUGAACGGCUUGGCUGUCGACAUGUAGCAUUUAGUAAAUAUUUUGGCGACACAGAUUUGCGGGCUUGUAAUACAAGCUGCGAUCACUGCAAAAAUCCAAAGAUAUGUGAAGAAGCGGUACAAAAAUUUAAUGGAGAAAUAUGGAAGGAUUCCACAUCAAUGAAGUGGCAUAAAAAACCAUCUCUUUUUGAUGACAGUAGUGAAUUAUAUGAAGGCGGUCGAUGUUCGAAUAGAUUUUGGGAUUCAGAAGGAGGAAAAUAUGACCAUACAAAAAUAGAAACUGAGGAAAAAAAAAACGUACGGAAAUUAUUGCCCGCGAAUUUAUGCUUAGACGAUCGUUAUCAGAAUUAUGAAAGUAGCAAUGCAUCAAAUUUAAAAGAUAAUCCGAAUAUUCGUUUGAUCGAUCCUCAAUCGAAAACUGUAGCAAAUGUAACUAUGAAUCGGCGAGAAGCAAUUUAUGAUGCAAUAUAUGCUGCUUUAAUCGCAAAUUAUUAUGAAGAUUUGAAUUACACAAAUUUACAAAAAGCAUCAUCUUUAAUUGAACACGAAAUUUUUAAAUCUUCAAAAAAUAACAUCACUUAUCAGCACAAAUCGUCGCAAAAGAUACUUGAAAUAAAACGUUCAACGAAAGAACAAAAAAAGUAUGAACUGCCUGAACUGCCUAAUUUUUCCCAAAAUAAUUUCGAAGGAUUUAAAUUAGCAUCGUCUUUAGGGAAGUAA